CAGACUUCCCGUACGUACUAUUGAUCAAGCUCAUUCAGCUUUAUCUAUCUCUGAAUGGGGUUCAGUGUAAUACUACUACUACGGUAUACUACGACCGCAUGCAUGCGCUAUACGAGUACGUAACGAGACUACGAAAUGGUAAACACAACAACACAUGACGAAUACGGUACAACUUAACUACAAGGAUGUGUUAAAACCAAGUUUGCUAAUGCUACAUCAUCAGAUGAUUGACAUCAUUCCUGGUCUGAAAAAGGUACAGCAGAGAGGACUGUGGCUACGGCUUGGUGUAAGUUUGUAUUAAAGACUUCAUAAAAUACUGUGGGCUCUAAGCGUGAAAAGUUAAUCAGAGAUGAAGGAAAAUUACAAAAUGUGGCUUUCACAUCCAGCAUCACAGGACAAGUAUCGUUAUCGAGGUCGUUGAACCUCCAGAUAACCAGCUAAGAAUCAUACCAUGUAUCCAGUCGGUCUCCAAGAUUCUGAACGGGAGCAGGCUGUCGUUCAUUCAACAAAUCAACUUAAUAUAUCAUUGACUUCCGGUAGUGUAGGUGGCCUAAGUGGUGUUAGCAAUGUUGGUGUUCGAGGAACCCUCCAACGAAACCCUCAGCUGACUGCUGAAGAACGUCAACUCAGAAGUAGGUAUCGGAAAAGGCGUAACCGUAUAGGACUCCUACUUAUCUUUGCCACAUUACUUCUAUUUGCUGGACUUGUCAUUUGUGUGAACACGAAGGAGUACAUUGCCGGAGCAACGAUCAGUGUAAUUGGAGUUCUUCUCGGAAGUUCUUCCAUGGUACUUUGUCUUCUUACAACAGACUCUUGCGGGAGAGUGGGUGGUCUUCAUGGGAUCCGGGAACGAGUAUCGAGUUACUCGCGAUCAAGCAGACGUCAGAAUUCAACCAGAGAUCGUGCCAAUAUCCAGGGGUUGCAACCUCGUGAUGGGGAUGGUGCAACAGCAUCCAUUGCAAACUCUUCCAUCAAUAUUCAUGAAACAUUAAUGUUACAUUCACUUUCACCAUCAUGUAACUUGUCAGGAGAUUUCUUAAGUCACCUUCCACCGCCAUCGUACGAGACUGCAGAGAUUUUACGACGGGAGGACAUUGGGGCUGAUCACAUGUUAGGAGAUGUACAAGGUGCUGCCGGUGGCUCUGCCAGUUUUCAGUACUAUAAAGUGAGCCAGACGGACAUCCAUGACAACCCAUUAGCAUCGUCGUCAUCAACCAACCUUGCCUCAUCAUCGACUGCCCCCGUCUCAAGCCACAUGUGCGAGGAAUGCGUCCAACGUCAGCAGCAACACCUUGAUGACAGUGGGGGUGCACAAAGCCACCCUAUAUCACCUGAAGAACAAAUAUUACUAGCGCCAGCUAUAGUUGUUGAGCUACCAACGUAUGAUGAGGCAAUUGCUGAAGAUAGGUAGCAGGCAAAGUGUGUUUGGCAUUGCUUGUCAGCAGCUGUAAUGAACAUAUUUCAUGAUGAAAUUUCAUGCUAAAGAAACAGAAACUUUAAUGAGAAUAACUGACAUGUCAGAAGAAUGAAAGUUAUAAUCCAUCAAUGUAUUUAUACUUCUCACCAUAUCAAUUUAGACCAUUACUUCAAGAUUUUUAAUAACUGUUGUCUAUUUAUUUCUACCAAACAACUGAUAUGAGUGAAAAUAACAUGUACAUCAUUCCAAGGGCUAAAAAUUGGCUUCCAUCAUUGUGUCUUUUCUACUGAACAUGAUUUUUUGGGGAAAAAAAUUGUCUUAUUUGCAUGGUCAAUUUUCAAUGAUUAUAUUCUCUUUGUAUGCUAAUACUACAGCUAGAGCGCCUUUGUCAAAUAUUACCCUAAAAAGUAAGUAUGCAAGUUACAUGUAAGUGAUAAAAUUAUUAACGAUACAACAUUGGUAUUCUCAUGUGAUCAUAACAUAUGAUCGGGAAAUACCUUUUCAUUUCUUAACCUUAACUAGGCCGGGCUUUUUUGGCUGUUCUGUGGCCGCCGAUUGCG